AUGGAGAGGCUUAAAGUAGGACGGAACAAACCGUUGGUCUCGAGCACACAUGUUAUAGUUUUUGCCUUCUUCGCAGCUGGCUUCGAAACUUCCGCGUCGAUAGCAACAUUCGCUUUAUACGAAUUAGCUCAAUACCAUGAUAUACAAGACAAACUUCGUAAUGAAAUCGACGAAGUUUUAAAAGAGCAUGGUGAUUUAAUCUACGGCGUUCUAAACAACAUGACGUAUCUUCAAAAUGUAAUAGAUGGUAAGUAUACAGACAUGUAUAUCACCGCAAUGGCCUUCUACAUUUUUAACAAGGCAAUUUGCACCAAGGAAAUAGACCUACCUACGAACCCAACUACGAACAUUCGCGUACCAAAAGAGACAUUAAUUGUUAUACCGGUACUUGGAGUGCAUCGAGAUCCGUCGAUAUAUCCGGAUCCCGAUAAUUUCGACCCUGAGCGCUUCAACAAAGAUAUAGAAGAGAAAAGGCAUCGCUAUGCCCACAUGCAAUUCGGGCAAGGUCCACGAAAUUGCAUUGGUAUGCGAUUUGGAUACUUGCAAACGAAAAUUGCACUCGUGAGUCUUUUAUCGAAGUACAAAUUCCAACUUCACUCCCGGACCCCGGUGCCGCCUAGUUUCAACGAGAGAUGUUUAGUUCUCGAAGCAAAAACUGGUGUACAUCUUAUUAUCGAACCACGAUAAAGUCCAUUUUUGCUUGUACGAACGUAGUUUCCUGACUUAUUUCAUUUACAAGGCAUAUAUGUAUAUCAAAAUAGAAAUCAGAUAGUAAGACAAACCUAUUUGUUAAUGUAUAUUUGUUCUGUGGUAUGAAUAUUGGUUGAUGACUUACGAGGAAACUAAUCGCCUCAAUUUUGAAAUAAUGCUCUUAUUAAAAUUUAAUAAUUACUUUAAUAAUGAUAAAUAUUUUUAAUAGGAUUAUAU